AUGGCUCGCCUUACGCGAGCCGAGUCUUCCGACGACGACGACUACCUCGACAACAUCAAUUCCCAGGUUGCCAACAAGUCACUCCACAAUGCUGGCUCACCUGCCUCAAGAGACCAAGUCGUUGAUCUCACGAACAGCCCCGAGCCUACACGUGGGCACAAAACUUUGAACUCUCUGGGAUUCGGGCGCUCAGAGAAGCCCGUCUUUGGGAAGCCAGGAAAGCUGAUGUCCAGCCUUAAGCAGAAGGCAGCCGGCGCUUCCCAGAUGUUCAUCCAGCCUAAGAAUCGACCAGAACUACACAGAGACCAGAAGUUACCCCCGCGCAAACCCACCGAGUCAAGCCCAGAAACGUUCAGCUCUCUGAGCCCCAAAGCACACCCACCAGAGUACGUCCAGUCGUCUUACUAUAAGGCAGCCCCUAGCGAUGCUGCCUUUGAGGACAAUACCUUCUAUACCGACCCUACCAAAGCGAACGAGGACCUGAAGGCACUGCUGGAGGGCGGGAUGGAAGAUGACGAUGAACAAGAGAAUAAGGGUGACUUAGAAGACGGAACGCUGGAGGGAAUCAAGGUCCAACUUCUCCCACAUCAAGUCGAGGGAGUCAAGUGGAUGAGGGGCCGAGAGCUUGGCCCUGUCAAGCGCGGCAAGGUGCCCAAAGGUGGCAUUCUCGCGGAUGAUAUGGGGUUGGGCAAGACGCUGCAGUCCAUCUCGCUCAUCCUCAGCAACCCCAGACCGGACAGGGAGCAUCCAGAUUGGAAGAAGAGUCUGAACGGUGUGGAGCGCGGCACGCUGGUGGUUGCCCCCCUGGCGUUGAUCCGACAGUGGGAGCAAGAGAUCCAGGAGAAGGUGACGAAAUCGCAUCGCCUCAGUGUCUGUGUUCACCACGGCCCGAAUCGUACAAAGCGGUUCCAGGACCUCGCUAAGUACGACGUCGUGAUUACCACUUACCAGAUCCUGGUCUCUGAAUUCAACUACACCUCGGACACGGUCAAGGCAGGAUGCUUCGGCCUGCACUGGUAUCGGGUGAUCCUCGAUGAGGCACACACUAUCAAGAAUCGCAAUGCCAAGGGCACGAAAGCUUGUUGCGCCCUGCGCUCGGAGUUCCGGUGGUGUUUGACUGGCACACCUAUGCAGAACAAUCUUGAUGAGCUGCAGAGUUUGGUCAACUUCCUGCGCAUUCAGCCUUACGACAACCUUCAGCAUUGGCGGGAGAACAUAGACAAGCCCAUGAAGAAUGGGAAGGGCCAUCUCGCCAUACGCAGACUGCAUGCGCUCCUGCGCUCCUUUAUGAAGCGUCGCACUAAGGACAUUCUUAAGGAAGAAGGCGCCUUACUACCGGGUGGAAAGAAGGCUCUCGAGGCAGCCGCCAAGAAUGGAUCAAGCCAGGCUCCAGAAUCGAAGUUCAAGAUUACAGAGCGAAAGGUCGUGGCGGUCUCCACAGAGUUCUCGCCGUCUGAGCGGAGGUUCUACAACAAGCUGGAGGAGCGUGCGGACAAGAGUCUCGAGGCAAUGAUGAGGAACAAAGUCAACUACGCCAACGCUUUGGUGCUGCUCCUUCGGCUCAGGCAAGCUUGCAACCACCCCAGCCUGGUGGGGAGCAAGUUGGACAAAGACAAGGACGCCCUCUCAACCGAUACCUCUAACCAGAAGAAUGCGGACACGAGCGUCGAUGAUCUCGCGGACGCUUUGGGCGGCAUGGGUAUCCAGGCCAAGAAGUGCGAGUUGUGUAUGAUCGAUCUGCCCCAAGGCGUCUCUGCACGAGGUGAAGUACAUUGCGAGGAAUGCUUAACGAACAUGGACGAAGUCAACGCAGAUUUUACGGGCAUCAACAAGACCAAGAAAAAGACAAAGAAGACAAAGAAGCAUGCGAGCAAAGCUGAGAAGCAGCGCCAACCACGCAAGCGGAACGUAGUUAUUGACAGCAGCGACGAGGAAGAAGAGGGCAGUUGGCUCGUGGACGAGGACCAGCGAGGCCAGUUGCGUCUAGGCAAGGCUGGCGGCACUGACGACGAGAACGCCGAAGGAACGGGCGAGGAUAUCGGGUCGGACGACUCAUUACACCACUCCGAGUCCGAGUCGGGCAGCCGACUCGACAGCUUCGUCGUCGACGACGAGGUCGCCACACAGGCCACCUACGUAGAUGGUUCUGAUGAUGACAGCCUUGUGUCCAUCGAUAAGUUCGAGUCACACCCUGUCAAAUCGAAGAGACAGCGGAAGCCGGUGACUAGAGUAGAAUCAGACUCUGAAUCCGGAUCUCAGAGCGAUUCUGAUGAAGACGACUCAGGCGUCUCAGAAUCCGAACUGGAAAAGACAGAGAUCUUGUACACCCCUCACAAAGGGGCCAAGAGCAAGGCUCAUCUCAUGAAUUCGUCCAAGAUCCGGGAAAUCAUCAAGAUCUUGCAUAAUGAGGCGCAUGAGCACAAGUUCAUCGUCUUCUCCCAGUUCACAUCCAUGAUGGACCUGGUGGAGCCGUACCUGCGCAAGGAAGGCUUCAAAUUUGUUCGGUACGACGGCAGCAUGAAGAAUGAUGCCCGCGAAGAGAGUCUGUAUAGGCUGCGCAACGACAAGAACACGCGGAUCCUGCUGUGCAGUCUGAAGUGUGGUUCGCUGGGACUCAACCUGACAGCUGCGACUCGAGUCAUCAUUAUCGAGCCGUUCUGGAACCCUUUCGUCGAGGAACAAGCCAUAGACCGUGUCCACCGCCUCACGCAGACGGUGGACGUCAUCGUGUACAAGCUCACGGUCAAGAACACGGUCGAGGAGCGCAUCCUCGAGCUGCAGGAGAAGAAGCGCCUGCUCGCAAUGCACGCCAUCGAGGGCGGCAUGAAGAAGAACAAGGACUCGCUCAAGCUCUCGCUGCAGGACCUCCUCAACCUCUUCAAGCCCCGCCACGACGAUGCCCACGGCGCCGGUGCCGGCGGCGCCGAGGACGACGCGAUGAACGGGCUGGCGGACUUUAGGAGCAAGCCGGCGCCGAAGAAGGCGCACAGGAGGGAGGAUGAUGUCUAUGGGCGCCGGUGGUGA